GCAUUGGGCGCCGCCAUGUUGGUGACGUCACGCAGUGCGCUGGCUGUCUGGCGGCUCGCUGGAGUAGAGGAGUGAGAGGAGAGACAGGUUGUACAGUAACGACUCGCCAUGACAACGUUUCUGGAGUUUAUUCAGCAAAAUGAAGACAGAGAUGGAGUCCGCUUCAGCUGGAAUGUUUGGCCAUCCAGCCGUUUGGAGGCCACACGAAUGGUGGUGCCGGUAGCCUCUCUUUUCACACCAAUAAAAGAGAGGCCAGAUCUGCCCCCGAUACAAUAUGAGCCCGUUCUCUGUAGCCGAACCACCUGCAGAGCUGUUCUGAACCCUCUUUGCCAAGUGGAUUAUCGGGCAAAACUCUGGGCUUGCAAUUUCUGCUAUCAGCGGAAUCAGUUUCCUCCAACAUAUGCCGGCAUCUCUGAAACGAACCAGCCCGCAGAACUCCUGCCACAGUUCUCCAGCAUCGAAUACGUGGUCCAGCGGGGUCCUCAGAUGCCAUUGAUCUUCCUUUAUGUUGUGGAUACAUGCAUGGAGGAUGAAGAUCUUCAAGCUCUGAAGGAAUCGAUGCAAAUGUCUCUCAGCCUGCUGCCUCCAACUGCUUUGGUGGGACUCAUCACCUUUGGCCGCAUGGUCCAUGUACAUGAAUUGGGCUGUGAAGGCAUCUCCAAAAGCUAUGUUUUCCGAGGAACCAAAGAUCUGACUGCAAAGCAGCUUCAGGAAAUGUUAUCUCUUACAAAAAAUUCUGCUGCCCAGCAAGGACGUGGGCCACAAGUUCAGCAACCUCCUCCGUCAAACAGGACUCCAUGUGGACUUUCUGCCAUUUCAGUUGAGAGAUUUUUACAGCCAGUUCAAAAAAUUGACAUGAACCUUACUGACCUUUUGGGAGAGCUUCAGCGAGAUCCAUGGCCUGUCACACAAAGCAAGAGACCUCUGCGAUCCUCAGGAGCUGCACUUUCCAUUGCGGUUGGACUUCUUGAGUGCACCUUUCCUAAUACUGGGGCUAGGAUUAUGAUGUUCAUUGGAGGACCAGCCACACAAGGCCCUGGGAUGGUUGUGGGGGAUGAGCUGAAGACUCCCAUCCGUUCCUGGCAUGAUAUUGAAAAGGACAAUGCAAAGUAUGUCAAGAAGGCAACAAAGCAUUAUGAAGCUCUGGCAAACCGCGCAGCUGCCUCUGGCCAUGUAAUAGACAUCUACGCCUGUGCAUUAGAUCAGACUGGGCUCCUGGAAAUGAAAUGCUGUCCAAAUAAUACAGGAGGUUACAUGGUGAUGGGGGACUCCUUCAACACAUCACUUUUCAAACAGACAUUUCAGAGAGUUUUUAACAAAGAUACACAGGGCGACUUCAAGAUGGUAUUUGGUGGUACUUUAGAAAUCAAGACUUCAAGAGAGAUAAAACUUUCAGGUGCUAUUGGACCUUGUGUUUCCCUGAAUGCCAAGGGGCCUUGUGUGUCUGAAAAUGAGAUUGGUACGGGUGGGACGUGUCAGUGGAAAAUUUGUGGCCUCAGUCCGACCACAACCCUGGCUGUGUAUUUUGAAGUGGUAAAUCAGCACAAUGCUCCCAUUCCACAGGGAGGGCGAGGUGCAAUCCAGUUUGUGACACAGUAUCAGCACUCAAGUGGACAGCGGCGAAUCCGAGUAACCACAGUAGCAAGAAAUUGGGCUGAUGCUCAGACUCAGAUCCAGAACAUUGCGGCAUCUUUUGAUCAAGAGGCAGCUGCUAUCCUCAUGGCCAGGCUGGCUGUGUACAGAGCAGAGACUGAAGAGGGUCCUGAUGUCUUGAGAUGGCUUGAUCGACAGCUCAUUCGAUUGUGUCAGAAAUUUGGAGAAUAUCAUAAGGAUGAUCCCAAUUCUUUCCGGUUUUCAGAAACCUUUUCUCUGUACCCACAGUUUAUGUUUCAUCUGAGGAGGUCGCCAUUCCUUCAAGUGUUCAACAACAGUCCUGAUGAGAGUUCUUAUUACAGACACCAUUUCAUGCGCCAAGACCUUACCCAGUCUCUUAUAAUGGUUCAACCCAUCCUCUAUUCUUAUUCCUUCAGUGGCCCUCCAGAGCCUGUUUUACUGGACAGCAGCAGUAUACUUCCAGACAGGAUCCUAUUGAUGGACACAUUUUUUCAGAUCCUUAUUUAUCAUGGCGAGACUGUUGCACAGUGGAGGAAGGCAGGAUACCAGGACAUGGCAGAAUAUGAGAAUUUCCGUCACUUAUUACAAGCUCCACUGGACGAUGGGCAGGAAAUCCUUCAUUCUCGUUUCCCAAUGCCACGUUAUGUAGACACUGAGCAUGGAGGAAGCCAGGCUCGUUUUCUGCUAUCAAAAGUGAAUCCGUCACAAACCCACAACAACAUGUAUGGCUGGGGACAGGAGUCUGGAUCCCCCAUUCUCACAGAUGAUGUCAGUCUACAAGUUUUCAUGGAUCACCUGAAGAAACUAGCUGUGUCCAGCGCUGCAUAAGACUAAACCUUCCUGUAUGGACACAACGCCCCAGAGAAGAGGUCGGCCUGUAGGCUUAUCCCAAGUAGAGUGACUCCAUCCUGACACUGCACGACACAAGAUGCUGGAAAGCCAACUGCUCACCCCUCCUGUAUUUAUUACUGUGAUGUAUGCAUAUACCACCUAUACUCCCCGGGCUA